AUGAAGAGGAAAGACAGGCUGCCAACGGCGGUAAUACAUGGCCCCAUUCAACGUUCCCCAACGGUACGGCUCAGAUCGAACGAAGUCCUCGUCUUUUCAGGUAGUCCUCCACCUAGAUUCGAGAAGCGGGCGAGGUACAAAACAAGAGAAGAUCGUUACGACUCUCGGAAGAAGCCUAAAGAGAAGCGACAAAGGACCCGUGAGGAGACCACUACGCGGCCGGAAAACUCGCCCAAGAAGACCACCUCCUCCGGUCGAGAGGGCCCAAAUAAUUUCCAAUCUGAGGCCAUUCUCAAUAACAGACUCACAAAUGGGCGCAUAUCCUCGCCAAAGCCUGUUGAAGAGUUGGCGUACAACUCCAUGAUCUCGGUUGAGCAGCCUCCAUCACGCAAGUCCUCAUGGCAACGACAACAACGCUUAGAAGCCAAGGGCAGACAACGGCGAGAGAGUGAAUUUGUAGGAAUAUCAGCGUUCCUUCGUCGCAAGGAGACGCCUACAGCAACUCAUUCGGACCAGGGACUAGGGCUACAUCGUGCCCGCUACGAGGACCGUGAAUUGAGCGAUCGAUUACCAGAAAAGCUCCUGGUGUGUGAAGAUCACUUCUCAAGGAGAAGUAUUACGAGGUCCGAUUCUAUAAGCGAUGGCCAACGCCAACAUAUCCAUGACGAGACCUAUGUCGCACCGGCUCGACACAUUCGAUCAAGCAGUAGAUCUACGACUUACGUGACUCAGAACACCAGUGGCAAUCAUCAAAUAUCCUUGCCAGGCGACAUUCUUGGCCGUCACCAUAGUAGUACCCCUGAGCUGAUGAGAGAAGCGCUUCGGGAGACCGGUGUAUUCGACGGAGCUAGAAAAGGUGGGAAUGCUCGUGUCUCGUCGCAUGAUUCGCGUCAACGGAGGCAAGGGUUGCAUCUUGAAGAAGAAGAGAAGCACAAGACAGCCAAAGCCUUCCGGGAGCAGCCGAGGAUCAUUCUAUAUUCGGACAAGGGAGUCAUGACCACACACGAACCAUCACUGUCACCUCGCGUGUUGGAGAAUUCCACGAAUCUGGCAGAUGCACAAGAUACUUUUGAGCCAGAGAGGAAGAGAAGGUUGAGGGCGGGUGGCUCGGUAGAUUCAACCACACAAAAAGCCACGGAUGAACCGUCUGGUGGAAGGAUACACAAUGACUCUGAUACAGAGUCUCGCUCCAAGACUACCACUCUGACGACCCGAGCAGCUACGGCUGCGCAAGCGUGUUUGGCACCACACCCCAAUGAACUAUCCACAGAAAUGGAAGUAACGCCAGGGAAUACCCAGGAAGUACGAAAGAUGAUACUAAUGACCGACGAAGCUUCCAUGGUAAUGACUGAAAAAGACGGAAUACGUGUGGCGGAUGGCCCCGAGCCGGAACGUGUGGCAACGGUCGAGCAACAUGACAAGAAUGCGAAAGAGAAGCUUCUAGUAACGAUCUUCAUGAUCAUCCAUACAGCAAGCAUAACCGACUUUAUCGCCCGCAUUGAACAAGAGGUAUUGGGAAUAGGGAGCUCAGGAUGCGAGGACAAGCCUUUCGAUGAACCUGGCAUUCAGCAGCACGACGAUCGACUCCAACUGCCUUUCGACAUGGCCAGAGGGCCUUAUCGUCCGGUAUCUCAGGAUGUUUUGAUCGACCAGUCUUUUACAAAAGCUGAUUGGCGGCACCCAGAAGACGCAUUUGACCCCUUAGCAGAGCAGCCUUCUGAGAUCGAAUUUUAUGGUGAACGACCCAAUUACGAGAACGACUAUCGGCAACAGCAGAAGGUUACACAGCUGGACCAGGACGAAGAGGACGAAAAGGACGAAAUGCGCGCCUUCUGGCGGCCUAACUACUUUUGUUAG